AUGAGCGCCACCAACUCCGUUCAGUGCUUCGGUAAGAAGAAGACGGCUACUGCUGUCGCCCACUGCAAGGCCGGUAAGGGUCUCAUCAAGGUCAACGGACGUCCUCUCCAGCUCGUCCAGCCUGAGAUCCUCCGCUUCAAGGUCUACGAGCCUCUUCUCGUCGUUGGUCUUGAUAAGUUUGCCGGAAUAGACAUCCGGAUCUACGCUAUCCGACAAGCUAUCGCCAAGUCCCUGGUCGCCUACUACCAGAAGUUCGUCGAUGAGCACUCCAAGAACCUCCUCAAGCAGGCUCUCGUCCAAUUCGACCGAACCCUCCUCGUUGCCGACAACCGCCGCUGCGAGCCCAAGAAGUUCGGUGGUCCCGGUGCCCGUGCCCGCUUCCAGAAGUCUUACCGUUAA